AGCAAAUUCAAUUUCCAAGUGGUUUAUCAGCUCACGAAAUAUGGAGCAAUCCUCCGAAACUGUAACGUCGAAGAAACGUCUUGCAUUUAAUCAAAGUACUAGUUCGAAACCUAGUAAAGUUCCUCGUCUGGUUACUCCAACAAAUUCAGACAUGAAUAAAACAAAGAAUGAUGUAAAGAAUCUUGGUCUGUCAACUAUACCAAGAUCACAGAAAAUUACUGAUGACAUAAAAACGGAUUUCUCAGAAACGAUCAAUGAAAUUCAGUAUAUUUUUAUUGAAGGGCAGAAGAAAUUGAACAAAUUGUUAAAUGAAGUUUUACAAGUUGAUGAUCGAGGGACACCAAACUCUGCCACUCAAACUUCUGACAAACCACUGAAUGGUGAUGCAAAUAUGCAGUACUCCCCUGUACAGUCAGAUCUAAAGACUACUGAGGUGGCUAACACAGAAUCUGAAGGAGAUAACUCACCAAUUUUAACAAGUCUAGAUGCUACUUUUCAAAUUUUACCCGAGUAUGAAGAUAAAAUUUGUCAGACAGAGUUAACAUAUGAGAGAUGUCGUUGUCUUGCUGUAUCUGGAUAUAAGGACAAAGUUUGUCAAACAGAGCCAGAAUUUCAGAACUGUUUUAAUGACCUCUCUGCACAUAACAGAGCCAAUGCAUACUACCAAAUUUGUUUAAAUUCUGAAACUUCUCCCAGGACUUCUUCUGAAGAGGGAGAUUUAGAAAGUCCUCGAACAGAAACAAAUCAUGGAAUGCUACCUCAUUGCAUUUUGGAAAGCAAUUUAAAUUCUGUCCAGUCUUCACUGACUUGUACCAAUGAGAAUGCCUGUUCUGGAAGCAGGAAACUUCCACCGGAAUUAUUUUCAAGGUUUUUGAAUCACUUAGAAGAUUAUCUUGCAUCUUUUUGCACUGAACAAUUUCUACAAACAUGGGAUGGAAUGGAACAACAGAAUAUGGCAAGGAAACAUCACAACCCAGAAGCUGAAUUAAUAUCUCGAUAUAAACAGGAAAUGGCUCUCAGAAGAAAAUAUCAUAAUCAACUGAUGAAGAUUAAAGGUAAUAUUCGAGUAUUUUGUCGGAUUCGGCCACUAGACCCAAAUAUUGAAGGCACAAAUGAAGAUUGUGUGUAUAUUAGUCCAGACAAUAAGGAUGUUGUACUUGUAAAACACAGAAAGAAACUACUUAAUUUUGAAAUGAGUUUAGUUUUUCCUCAAGAUUGUACACAGUCUCAGUUGUUUGAAGAAGUAGAAUCUUUGAUUACCUCCUGUAUAGAUGGCUUCAAUGUAUGUAUUGUGGCUUAUGGCCAAACUGGAUCUGGAAAGACUUACACAAUGGAAGGUACCCUGACUGACCCAGGGAUCAAUCCAAGAGCUCUCAAUGAAUUAUUCAAUGAAAUUUCUGCAAAACAUGACUGGAUUUAUUCUGUCUAUGUCAGCAUGCUUGAAAUUUAUAAUGAACAAAUCAGGGAUCUCUUGAGUAUUGAACAAAGCAAGCUUGAAGUGUGGAACAUCGAAGGACAAAACUCAAUCCGUCAAAAAGCAAAUUCACUGCUUGAAGUGAAUGAGAUGUAUUUAAGAGGAAAGAAGAAUCGAGUGACAGCUCCAACAAAUAUGAAUUCAGCUUCAUCACGCUCUCAUACAUUGCUGUUAGUAGAAGUGGAAGGACAGAAUGUAAUAACAAAUACAAGAACAAAAGGCAAGCUGUAUUUAAUUGAUUUGGCAGGAUCAGAAAAUGUCGUAAAGUCAGGAGUAGAUGGUCAGCAGCUGAAAGAAGCUGGAUUCAUUAAUAAAUCUUUGAGUACCUUUUGUGACGUUCUUAAUGCCAUAAUAAUGAAGAAACCACACAUACCAUUUCGUAAUUCAAAGCUGACUCAUCUCCUCCAGGAUUCUUUAGGUGGAAACAGUAAAACCUUACUCAUAACUCAAGUAUCUCCAAGUAUGUUGCAUCUCACUGAGACGCUUCGCACAUUGCAAUUUGCACAAAGGCUGCAGUCUAUGCAGAUUGGUGACACUCCAAUAAGGUCAAGAGAAAAAGUAAACAACACAGAAAACAAUGGCAUGGAAAAUGAAACAACUGAAUUAAAGACACCAAAUGCUGAAAGGUCAAGAGAAUCUGGUCAGCUCCAACCAAGAUUUGCAAGCUUGCAUACAGUCAGCACACCAAGAGUUUCAAAUGGAAAAUUCAAAAAAAGAAAUAUUGCCAAACAGUACCGACAGUAAAUCAUUUCAAUUGAAUAUCAAUUUAUAUCGUGUAAAUUUAUUUUAAUUUUAGAGUUAUUCAAAAUUUCCAAUCAUUACAUAACUUUUAUCAGUUGUAUAUUGAGUGAAAUAACGUAAAACACUCAUUUUGUUUUGUUUUAAUUUUUCUGUAAAUAUUUAGAAUAAAGAAU